UCUAUAGUUGUCUUCAUCUAUGGUUUGGAUCGGUUCGAGUGGGUUCGAGAUCAUAUGUGGCAAUUGUUCUAUUGUCAAUGUGAUUAUAAAAUAUGAUCAAUACUUGUUGCAAUACAAGUUGUAAGUAUGUAGUGAACAGUAAAUUAGGUACCUAAAAUACAUUUUCUAUCUCGUGUGAAAAUUCUAGGGAAAUAAUGGAUAUUUCAAAGCAAUAAUUAAUUACCUACAUAGCGGUAGAUAUGUGACCUGGGAACAGGAGACAGUGCUAUUUAGUUAUUAGUUAGAAUCCUAUUUUGCAACCGGAUGGGAUGAGAUUGUUACACAUUUUUGUAUAUGGAACUUUAUAUUUUACUAAUUUAUGUGUACAAGAGAAUGAUGUCGUUGCAGUUGGUAAAUACGAUUUGCAGUGUGGUGAUUAUCGAAAUAUACUGAAAGCUCCAAGCAAGGUUACUAAAAUAAAGUUGCUAAAAAAUGUUGAAGCUCUGUACAGUGUUACAUCCGAAAAAGCAGUAAGUUGCGUAGUUAAUAGCGCAAACUGCACGUUAAUGACCUGGAAUAUUAUUCGAGGUUUGGAAAUAUUUCUUAAUAAACAUUUUAAUAACACUGGAACCAGUGGAAUUAUCCAAUUUGGGAAUAAUAUGAUUAUUCCUGGAUAUAAUUAUUUGCUUCACGUUAUUAUGAAAACAUCUUCGGGCAUCUUUGUGGAAAAUAGUUUUAAUCUCACGUUCGAUGCAAAUGACUGGCUUGAAGACAAAACUGCAUUUUUGGGGAAUUUAGAGUUAACUACUGGAUGUUACGCUAUACCUUCCACUCUUCCUAUUGUGGUAAAUGCUAAUGUUACUUUGUGCGGAGAUAUUCCAUAUUAUUACUUUCGAUGGUUCUUUGUCACAGAUGACCAAAAACUAGAAUUGGAAGAGAAAAGUUCAGAACUAAUAAUUUUUCCCGAUUCAAUAAUAACUGAAAAUGCUAAAAUUUGCAAAAUACAAUGCAAUGUUCUUGACUUUGAAAACAAUUCAAUUAUUUUGGAGGCUUCAGUUGAUCUGCUUCUCACUGCUCCACUGGAAAUCCAACUUCCGGAAAUUUUCUUACCCUUUAAUUACACGACUUUUAACAGGGGUGCUCCAAUAUCCAUCGAACCGUAUAUAUUAUUGCCCAAACUAAUGGAGGAUUAUCAGACACAGUGGUCUUGUUUGUUAGAAGAUACGUUGCUCUACGUAUGCCAAGCGCAAAUCAAUGAAGAAUUUUACGUCGAGACUGGAUUUAAUCAGGAAGGAAAUUACACAAUUACCAUUUUAGUCGCAGCCGGAAAUGUAGAAGUAACUGCAACAUGUCAUAUAAUAGUAGCACUGGAUGUACCGUCGAUAGAAUUUUUCAUACCCUAUCCUCUUAAACCAGACCGAGGAAUUGAAAUAACUGCAAGGAUAUCUGAACUGAGAACAUACUGCACUGUUCAAUGGAUUGGAGAUGGCGAUAAUGACCUAAAAACCAUUUUAGAGAACAACAUUUACAAUAUAUCUUCCAAAGAUAAAACUUUUCUUGAAGAAAUGGUAGAGCUGGGAAGCAUUACAGUGACUCGUGAUUUCAAACUGAAAUUUCCCCAGCCCUCAACAACAUCGUCUGGAUUGGAUAGUAAAAACUAUCAAGUGACUCUAACUGUUGUGUGUCCCUCACUUCAAGAAGUCAGUAAUGAAAAUAUUGUUAAAGAGCAACCUACAAGUUUUGUAACUGUACAUGGUGUAACUGGAUUUUUUGUUCCGCCUUCCCCAAAUGUGGAGGUUUUUGUGAUAUUAUCAGACCAAAACGAAGCUUUGAAUUCAGAAUUUACUUUUGUAGUUGAACUUACUGAGGAAAACAGUGAUGAUUUAAUGCUUGUUAAGUAUGGUUUUGUUUUAGAAGGUGUGGAAGUGCAAUUUUAUACUGGCAUUAAUGCAUUGAGCUCUAAAACUAUUUUGCCGUAUAAUGGAGAUUUUGGUGUUGAAACUUACGUAGAAGUUUGUGGUUACAAAAAUAGAUGCAGCAAAAAGUUGGGUCCUUUAGUUAAAACAACUUUAAGCUAUGACUAUUCUGAAAAAGACAUUUAUCAUCCGUUUAUGCAAAAAUUGAUUGAAGGAGAUUAUUACAAAGCUUUUGCCUACGUAUUUAUGGUUCAAUAUUCUUUGGGAUUUGUUAAUAAAAGCGAUAAAUGUAAUGGCUUAUUCGCAUCGCAGCUGAUACAAAAAAUUGAAGACCUAUUAGUUGAAGAUGAUGCAAAAGGCCUGAACGGGUUUUUAAAGAGUGCAGUUAUAUUCAUGGACCAUAUAAAGCUGUCCGAUGACUUGUGGAAGAAAUUAUUUUCGAUUUCGCACGACCUUCUAAGCUCUGUGAAAAGUAUACACCCGAACAGAUUCACUCGAUCCCCAGAUAUAUACCGGCAUGGAACUGCUGAUAAAUUAGAGGCAAUAAAAACUUCAAUUAAAAUGUCGGAGCUCUUAAUUUUAAAUUUAGAGGAAAAUGUUGGUAUAACAAAAGAAAAGAUCCACUUUCUUAAUAUGGUAGAUCAGUGGAUGAUUGAAGCGUGUGGAAUGCUUUUCGAUGAACAUCCUCGACGUCGUACAUUUAAGUUUGACAUCAAAAUUGCACAAUUUUUAAUUGAAAAAAUAUCGUGGCAGACUUUAAGAGAUUCCAUCAAAAUGCCCUUUGAUGAGUAUGUCUGGAAUUUAACCAGUUAUAUGACUUAUUUGCCGGUCGAUGAUGGCUUGUGCUUCGGAUUCUCUAAGCUAAGCGACGUUUUAUUUAAUGAUACGUCAUUUGGUAUCAACAUUUACAGCAGUAGAAAUGGAGACGUUAAUCUAAGUGAGCAUGGGGAAAUUGAAGUUCAUAUUCCGUAUUUGGAAACUUCCGUGUCACAAUGCAAUGUUUAUAGCAAAGACUCGAACAUACUAUGCGAUGUUUCCAAACCAUUUCCUAAUUACAUGCAAUGUAUUUGUCCCAAAUUUGGAUUCUUUUAUUUAGACUCCCAAAGGAAUGUAACUGAAAACAUAAACCAUACGCUCAUAAAUUUAACUGACAAAAUUAAUGAAUCGUGUCGAGAAUACGAAGUUAAAUUGAAAAAACACCGGAAAUUGGGUGGCCAGAUAUCUUAUAUAAUGAUCAUCUCUUCUAUAAUGGGAGUUAGUAUUCUCUGUUAUAUUCUAAGACAACUGACAGUUGUAUUGCAACAAAAUGUUGAAAUUGAAGGACAUACCGAUUAUGAGUACUAACAUAUUUUUUUCAUUUUUACUAACGCAUGUGAUAUUCAUUUCUAUACCUAUAUACUAGUCGAUUUCCAAUUCGAUAAAUGAAAUUUUGGUUUAAUGAAUAACAUAACUGCAUAAUAAAUACACUGUCAUGCCAUUUA